GAACUUCCUUUCGCAGUUGCUUUUUCGCGAUCGUCAUAGCUCGUGUGCAGUUUGUCACGUAAUCCAUGCUGUUUUCACAUGGAUUACAACGGUUUGGAGUCAUCCACCUCUUCUCACUAGCCAGUGUUUAGUCGAGAGCGCACAACGGAAGACAAACUUGCAAUUGCUGAAGUUAAUAAGUCUAUGAAAUAAGUGGUUCUGUUGGUCCAAUUGGGAAUUUCCCCGAAGCAGGUAUUUAGGUUGUAAAAAGUGGUUCCCGUUAUCCAGUAGUGGGGGAAGGAAGAGACAAAAACACAACCAUGGCAGCGGUGGCAGUGGAACAACCUUCCGACGUAAAGAUCGUCAAGGCCAAACCGGUGCGAAAGGUGUUCAAGGGGGCCACACGAGUUAUCAACAAGAUUCCACAAUCAUUGUUGAACGAUCCGGAGCUGAAUGCGGCCAUCAGUGUUCUGCCCACGAAUUACAACUUCGAAUUGCACAAGACGAUAUGGCGCAUUCAGGAGAUGAAGGCCAAACGAGUGGCGCUGCAGUUGCCCGAGGGGCUUUUGAUGUUCUCGUUGGUGAUAAGCGACAUAAUUGAAAAGUUCACCGAAGCAGACACGAUAGUUAUGGGUGACGUUACAUAUGGAGCGUGCUGUGUAGAUGAUUUCACUGCCAAAGCUCUUGGAGCAGAUCUGUUAGUUCACUACGGUCACAGCUGUCUUAUUCCGGUGGACCAGACGGCCGGCAUAAAAGUGCUGUACGUGUUUGUAGACAUCAAAAUAGAUGCCCUGCACUUCAUUGAAAGUGUGAAGCUAAACUUCCCUAAACAACGCAAACUGGCAAUGGUCAGUACGAUUCAGUUUGUGGCCACACUCCACGCGGCAGCAAAAGAACUCAGAGAGGCCGAAUACGAUGUGGUAAUUCCCCAGAGCAAACCAUUGAGCCCCGGAGAGAUCCUUGGCUGCACGGCUCCCCGGAUACCGGACGAACGGAUUCUGAUCUACCUGGGUGACGGCCGGUUUCACCUGGAAGCGGCAAUGAUUUCCAAUCCUUCGCUGGAAGCGUACAAGUACGACCCCUACGAGAAGAAGUUCACUAGAGAGCAUUAUGACCACGCGGAGAUGCGGCGAAACCGAAAGAAAGCUAUCGACGCCAGCAGGGGGGCGAAAAAAUUCGGACUUAUUUUGGGCACACUGGGGCGGCAAGGAUCCACCAAGGUGAUGGAACAUUUACAGAAAAGGCUGAAGCAUCACGACCGACAGGCCGUUAUCAUUCUGUUGUCGGAAAUAUUCCCGACGAAGCUGGAACUGUUCAAGGACAUUGAUGCGUUCGUGCAGGUGGCCUGUCCGCGCCUUUCCAUCGACUGGGGCACUGCGUUCCCGAAACCACUACUUACCCCGUACGAGCUGUCGGUGGCGUUGGGCGACGCGGAGUGGAAACUGCCCUGUGACAAUACAAUCUCCAACGGCCAGCAGCAAGCGCACACGACAAAUGGCAUUUCGUUGGCACCGUCGCCAAAGGAGGAAGUCUACCCGAUGGAUUUCUACGCCAACAAAAGCCUCGGAGAGUGGACACCCAACCACAAGCCGUUGGAUAUAUGCGAAAAUUCUUUGGAUGGCGGAUGCUGCGGCCGGUGCACGGAAGAGAAAAGCAGAGAAAAGAAACUGGGCUUGUGAUGCGCUGUCUAGAAGACAUCUUCGCCGUUUUUUUUUAUCUCAUUUGUGUGGAUAAAUAGAUGAAUGAAUGCAAUCGCCA